GCCGAGUGAAAACAGCAGCCCAAAAGUUCUCAGUUAACCGCAGCGAGGGAGGCUCAGCCUGGAAGGGGGGUAGAAAGAGUUGAUGCAGAGAGAGUUUCAUGCUGAGCCCUGUUUGGACUGAAUUUAUGACUGAAUUCAUGUGAAGAUCAGAGCAGUACCGGCAUCAACAUAGUGACAGGGUUUGGAUGCCAUGGUCUGCAUGCACUCAGAGUGUUUUUAGUAAAGAAGAGAAGGAGCCUAGCAGAGAUUUUGUCCUCAGCUUCCCCCACCUGCUACAUCCAAAGUUAAGGAGCGGCAGCUGAGGACACCUGUCCGGUGGGCAAGCACCUAGGAUGGCUCUCAGCGAUUGCUGGCUCCAGAGCGUGUCCUGCAACUUCUCCAAUCACAGUCUGGAGCUCCCCGUGAGCGAGGACUGGUUCCACCCGGGGGUCCUCUAUGUCAUCCCUGCCAUCUACGGGGUCAUCAUCCUGAUAGGCCUCGUGGGGAACAUCACCCUGAUCAAGAUCUUCUGCACCGUGAAAUCCAUGCGCAACGUGCCGAACCUCUUCAUCUCCAGCCUGGCUUUGGGAGACCUGCUCCUGCUGGUGACCUGCGCUCCCGUGGAUGCCAGCCGGUACCUGGCCGACAGAUGGCUGUUUGGUAGGGUCGGCUGCAAGCUGAUCCCCUUUAUACAGCUCACCUCGGUGGGGGUGUCUGUCUUCACCCUCACGGCUCUCUCCGCAGACAGGUACAAAGCCAUUGUCCGGCCGAUGGAUAUCCAGGCCUCUCAUGCCCUGAUGAAGAUCUGCCUCAAAGCCGCAUUGAUCUGGAUCAUCUCCAUGCUCCUGGCCAUUCCAGAAGCGGUGUUUUCUGAUCUACAUCCUUUCCAUGAGGAGAGCACCAAUCAGACCUUCAUCAGCUGUGCCCCAUACCCACACUCCAAUGAGCUGCACCCCAAAAUCCACUCCAUGGCUUCCUUUCUGAUCUUCUACAUCAUCCCACUGUCGAUUAUUUCUGUCUACUACUACUUCAUUGCCAAAAAUCUGAUCCAGAGUGCUUACAAUCUGCCUGUGGAAGGGAAUAUACAUGUCAAGAAACAGAUUGAAUCCCGGAAGCGCCUUGCCAAGACAGUGCUAGUGUUUGUGGCCCUCUUUGCCUUCUGCUGGCUCCCCAACCAUGUCAUCUACCUGUACCGCUCCUACCACUACUCCAAGGUGGACACCUCCAUGCUCCACUUUGUCACCAGUAUCUGCGCCCGCCUCCUGGCCUUCACCAACUCCUGUGUCAACCCUUUUGCCCUCUACCUGCUGAGCAAGAGUUUCAGAAAGCAGUUCAACACCCAGCUCCUCUGUUGCCAGCCUGGCCUAUUAACCCGAUCUCACAGCACCGGCAGAAGUACCACCUGCAUGACCUCCCUCAAGAGUGCCAAUCCCUCUGCAGCCACCUUCAGCCUUAUCAAUGGAAACAUCUGUCAUGAGGGGUAUGUCUAGACUGACCCUUGACCCCGACCGGCUGGGGCCCCCUGGUUUUGCUCUGUCACUGGUAAGGAACCCUCACAUCUGUUGUUAUCGCUGUACCCUCUAAAGACCCUUUGUAAGGCUCAGGAGUGAUACAGGCAGGUUGGGGAGAGGCCUAAAUGGGUCGCUGUUAUGUUUGAAAGGCCCAUCAAGGCAUACCGUUUCCAUUUCAAUUUGUGAAUACUUCUUCUGCUGUAGAGCAAACUUUCCUUUUUUUGAGAAAAGAUACCAAAUAGAAAAUUAUUAUUUUAAGCAUCAAACCCUGAUAUACAGGUGUGGCUAAUUAAGUCAUAGAAAUUAUAUGAAGAACCAAAUUUAUAUAGCAGAGAAAUUAUACAUUGACUGUCCACUUCGUGGAAGACUUCACCUUGUCAUUUCUUUAAGCAGGAGCUAGAGCUUUAAAAAUAUGAUUUGAGACAUAUUUCAGGAAUAAUUAUAACCACAAAGCAAGAAAAAAAUAUGAAAAGUUGGCCCUAUGAAAGAGUUCCAUAUAUGAAUAACAGUUCCCAAAUUGAUAACACUAGGAACCGGUUCAUACAAAUUUAAGCAUUGGACAUUACUGAGGACAUAGGAGAAACACUUAAGGCAAACACACAACCAAACACAUAGAAACAUGUAAAGAUCCAUGUGUGGCUGUGGAGUAAUAUCUCACAUUCUGAAUUCUAAAUUGAUGGAAGUUUUUUUUGUUGUCUAAUUGUAAUCAGUUCCACCAUAGAAGAGAAAUCCUUUUGGGGUGAGAGGAAUUAAUCAUCUGUCAAUUCAUCAAACAUUAUAAGUGCAUAAACUAUAGUGUUUAUUUUUGGUAUAUAGGAUUUUCAGUCAAAUGUACUUACUUAGAUUAUAUAGAAGCAGUAGCUUCAUAGGAGAAAAAGGGAUCAUAUCGGAGUGAAAGUAGAAACAUGUUUACAUUUAACAAGUGAUUCACCUGUAGUCUGUGGAGACAAAUCAAUACACGUUCAGUAAUAUUUAUUUCUACUAGAAUAUGUACAACAAAGUUACAGAGGACCUAGCUUUAAGAACUGAUUAAAAACAGCUACAUUAUAUACAUUGUUUCUACGUAAGAGUAUUCACAAAACAGCCCAUGUGCAUAAAAACAGUGGCUUUAAAUAUUUCUCUUUUUCUAAGUGAGUAAAAUGAUUUGACCAUCUUACUCUAGAAAUCUAAAUCGUUUUUUUUUAUUCAAAGACAGACCAAUUUGACAGAUUGCAAACAUGCUAAUGAUAAAUCCAAAUUCUGCAAAUGUGCCCUAAUGUAUAUCCCUUACAUCCCAAGAUCAUUUUAGUUCUAAUUUUCUCCACCCAGGUGAGAUAGAACAAUCAGCUCUCUUUUGCACAUGUCACGUAUUAAAAGAGUUUUGUCUCUUGAUAUAAGGAAGCACUCACUGUCUGCAGACCUAUAGAGGCUAGGACCAAGACAGUUGUAAAGAUGUGUGUUUACAGUUAUAUUAGCUGGAAUAAAACUGCUUCACUUCUGUUUGCUGCAUGAACUUUUUACACUGGACAUGCCUGCUUUCCUGGUAGUCCACAAUUACACUGAACAAUUUCAAAAUCAAGACAGGUAGUGUAGCAGAAAGAACCAACAUUUUUAGCUUGACAUUCCAAUUUUGUCUCUAGUUAAAUGACCUUAGCUAUCAAUAUCUCUUCUCUAGACUCAUUUUUUCAUCUCUAGAAUGAGAGGACAGUGUUAACUUCCAUUCUAUUGCUAAAAGUCUCUGAGUCUCAUUGUUUCUAGUUCUGUGUCGAAAGUAUUUAUGGAACCCACAUGCUCACAAUUUCCACACUUCUGCUACCCUUGGAAAAUCCUUGAACUGCCACUCCACAUUCAUGUUCACGUUCAUGAAAUGAAAGGAGACUCACUGUUUUAUGACUUUCAGGGACUCCUUGGGAUUGUUUGUAUGAAUGAUGUCCCAUUAAUGAGAGCUGGAUGAGAUAUAAGAAAACAAAUUGCUCAAUCUCCUCAUUAUACAAAGGGCACUCUUCCUGUUCAGCCUUCAAUCUCCAUGCACCUGCUACCUUGAACCACUGUUCCACAAUUUUACCCUUGGCUUUCUUCAAAACUCUUGAGUGUACGUGACUUCAUUCCUAGGUAGUUGUUAAGGAGGCAUUCUGGGUGCCUAGCAUAACUUGUUUAAGUGUCUCUGAUCUACCUGCUCCCAAAGACAUUUUGGAAGUAGGAUUCAUCUUAAUGUCUCCCUUAGUUUCUCUCAUGGCAUGGAUUGUGCCUGGACUCCUCCCAGCUUUUGGCCAGUGAAGAGAAUGGAGUCUAUGUUUAGUUGUGUGUCUUUAGGCAAUCCUAUAAUGUCUUUGAGACUUAAAGCGUUGGAGGAGACCUUUGCCAGCCAGUGACCUAAAACCGGAAAAACUAUUGUAUGAAUCAACUGAUAGAUUGACUCAAAGCUAAUUGGGAUGGACUCAAUCAGACCCUUCUCCAGGGAAGUCAAAUUUUUUAUUUCACUUCAAGAACCUACAAUCACAGUGAGAUAGACCUACACUCUCAUGUAGUAUCACCUCUCUUCUAGGGUGGAGUGUGGCAGAGGCUUGGAACUAAGACAUUUCACGCCUGGCUUCCAAAGAUAAUCACAUUUAGCGCUUAUGUCGUUGGCAAGGAAAAAAAUCAAUUUUUGCUGUGGAAAACCAUCUGUGUUUAUUCAAUUGACAGACACUACCUUUCAAUCUAUCUUAAAUUGAGCCUCCCUAAGGCAGGCAGCUCAAUAGUGAUAGAUUAAGCAAUAAACAAAGCAGUCUUCCCACCAAUGGCUGCUGCUGGCAAGGAAGGCACAGUGGCUGGCAGGAGUGAUAUUCCUCAGCAAGAUGAUCCUCCCAGCUAGGUGAAGACAAGGCUCCUCCCUGUUGUUGAUUUGAUGAUUCCCCAUAAAUGGGGAUGACUAAACCCUGUUGUUCUGGCUGCGCUCAAUCCCCCACUGAACCUGGCCUUCUGCCUCAUUAACAAGUCCUGGAUUUCCCGCUUUACCCUAUAAACAAUUUGGUGUCAUCCUGAAGAAUGAAGAAUACGUAGGUAAAUAAACAAUUUAGAGGCUGCUCACAUGAGCCAAGUCAGCUUGUUAUGAAAGUGCACAUUGAACAAAAAUAAAUGAACUUGUCCACGGGGCACGGGCACACUUAAGUUAUAAAGUUUUUUGUUUAUGCCAAAACUAGCAGUCAGUUAUUGGUUCCAAAGUCGAUUCAUGCACCAAAUGGCUUCCGUAAUAGGGAUUAGCUUUGUUUGGGGACUGCGUGUUGAAUGACAUCCUCAAUUUGUGGAUUAAAAAAUGGCUAAGUCACCUUUCCCAGAAGCCAGAUAGAGAUGAUCACCCUAAGAACCUGACUAUCUGAGAGUAGAAUGAAUAGUAUGCAUUUGUGUUGUGAUGAGUUGGAAAGGAUGCAAACUUGCUUGUCAUUUGGGCCCUUCACAUCCAUACCAGGAGUUAGCCACUGUUAGAGAGUAGCUUAGAAUUAACCCUGGGUUCCUGGGAGGAACUGAACAGAGUUUGCACAUUUGUCUAAUUUUUUGCUAAAUGGAUUAACAGCUGACAAGGGAAUUAUUUACUCUCCUGGGGCCAGGCUUUGUAUGAGCUAUUCAAUGAAACCAAGCCCUAGGAAGCUCUACUUUAUUCUGUAUCUGGAUGGUCAUUCCUCUCAGCCCUCACUUGGAUGUAUAUUCCUCUGGGC